AUGAUGGCGUUGGUCAGCAACGUAAAUGAAUCGUCUGUCGACGAGCUAUCCUCUCUAUGGCAAGCUGCCUGUGAGGAGUACGCAAACGAAACAGGGAUUGCGAUCAUCGACAGGGAAUACCCAAAGUUGACUGGCUUUGAAGAAUUAUCACAUCAGCUCGACCUAGAAGAAACUAAGUUUGAGAACUUCAGAAUGAAGAAGCGGCCCCUUCUUCGCGCAAUGCAAAGCAUACUGGCGCCGUUCGAGACCUGGGGCGAUCUGAUUGGAACGGUGGCAUCUGCUACAUUUCCUCCAGCGUCUUCAAUCAUGGGCGCGAUGUUAUUAUUAAUUCGUGGCGCGCGAAAAGUUAGCGAUUCAUUCGAUAUGAUCACUGAUCUGUUUCAGAAACUGAGCAACUUUGCGGCUCGGUUGGAUAUGUACAAGGACGUCCCUCUUAGCAAAGGAAUGAAGGCGAUCAUCGUCAAAGUCUUGAUUAACUUUCUUCGCGUCUGUGCAGUAUCCCAAAGGCUGCUGAAAACUGGUUCAUUCAAAGCCCGUCUUUCUAAAUGGGGUAAAAAUCUCCUCAUGGAGGAUACUUCUGUCAGCUCCCUUUUCAAUGAAUUACAGGAAUUGACGGAUCAGGAAAAAAUGAUGAUUGGUGCCCAGAAUCUCAAUCUGACACACCAAACACUGAAGAAUACUGCCGAUCUACUCGAAAAAAGCAAUAUUAAAAGUGAUCAAGACCGGCUCGAUCGAGUGAAACUUAAAUUGCAGCCAGUCUCAGCGUCCAACCAGGUCCGCUCCGCAAUCAUGAGCAGCCGACUGCCAGAUUCGGGGAUGUGGAUUGAGCAAAGAGUCAAGUCUUGGUGGGAGAGUUCUCAACCCCUACUAUGGCUUCACGGCGGACCCGCGGUGGGAAAGUCGUACCUGGCAGCCAAGAUCAUAGACGUUCUUACAGAGAUCGAGAUUCCAUCUAUGUCUGCUGUUGCAUCAUUUUUCUUUAAAAAUAAUGAUGUGGAUUUGCGUUUCGUAAAUAAAGCUCUACGGACCCUCGCUUGGCAGGUCGCUGCGCAGCUACCAAAGUUCGCCGAGCACGCAGAGGACUUUUGUCUGAAGGCGGAUCCGGCUGAUACAUACUCGAUAUGGAAAAAUCUUUUCCUGGAGUUCCUGACCGGGAAUGGCUCAGAUGUCUCCCUGUUCUUCGUCAUCGACGGCAUCGAUGAGGCAGAUCCAGACGAGCAGGAAUUGCUCUUUAGUCUUCUGGAGAAGACUUACUCUUCAGAAGAACAGGCCCAAGAUUCUCCUCAUCUGCGAUUUGUUCUUUUGAGCCGUGACGCGGUGCGAAGUGGUCUUCAAGAACAUUCACUCGACUGGGUACCUGAGAUUGAAAUAAGCAACCGCGAGAACGGAGAAGAUCUUCAUAAAUAUGUCUCUCAGAAACUGCAAAAGUCAAAGCUUUUCAAUAACUCACCUGACCUUUUAAAAGAUGUUGUCAAUGAUAUAAGCGAGUCCGCUGAGGGUUUGUGGGAAUGGGCUACCCUUGUAAUUCGAUCUGUGUCGAAGUGCAGCACCAGAGGACAGGUGCAGCGAGUAGUCAAGACAAUGCCUCGGGGAAUCAACGCAAUGCUCAACCAGGAGCUCAAGCGGCUAGCUCGGGAACUCUCAACAGACAUGCCGCCUGACGAGGGGGGUGUUGAAGAAUCAGAAAAAAUCAAACAGUUGAAACUGAUAAUCUCCUUUGUCACCGUCGCCAAAAGGCCCCUAUCAGUACAACAGCUUGAUCAAAUUCUAGAGAUGAUACUCGAGGACGAAGUGCUGAAUCUGGAACAGGAAAUCGGUGUGACGUACUCAUCUUUGUUUGCUAUGCGUGAUUCCGGGGGCAAUGAGGAUUAUUCGACACAUGAUAUAAUUGUAACGCUCCGCCACAGCUCGUUCUAUGAGUUUUUUAGGCUACCCAACAAUGUGGAAACCGAAGCUAUCCGCGUAGACUGCGAGAAUGCAGAGGUGGAAUUCGUGUCAGUUCUACUACGCGCUAUGCUGAAUACUCACACUCCCAUUUCCAAUCAAUGGACAGACCCAGUGGCGGAGUACGCAGAUGACUUCUUACCACAUCAUCUGACCUCUGCGAAGCCCGAAAAAGCGGGUGUUCUUCACUGUGAAAUUUCGACUUCGAUUUUCGAUCUCUUUUCUGAAGACAUAAAAAAUCAACGCUUCGUUACUAAACAAUACGUGUUCGCUAGUUCCUACAGCCUAAAGGCAUCGUCCCGGCUUACUCAACUGGCAUAUUAUUAUUUCAGUGCAGGAUAUUACGAUACCGCAAACGAGAGGGCGCGGCAUGUGCUUAAGUGGUUGCUCCCAGUGGAUAGAGAAAGAUUCGAAGAAAGUGCUCGCUCCAUGCACCCACCAGACCGCAUUUGCCCCUUUACUCUACUCUUCUCAUCUUUAGUAAUCUCACUUUCUCGCCAUUGGCUUCAGCCGAGCGAUAUUGAUCCGACUGAUGGGGGCGCUUAUUCGAUCCCCCUAAUUCUCAAUGUUUUCGGAGAAAUGGUGGGCAGUUUGGAAGUACCCGCGGCAAUUUUGGAAAUGCCCGCGGCCAUUUUUGGACAGUCUGGAGACAUCAAAUCUAGACCAAUAUCGCACGUUGGUCAUUCGUUAUCAGCUUCUCGUAUAUUGCUUGUCGCCAAAUCGCAAAAAUUGGAGAUGACUGUGACUUGGUAUGCUCGCUUGGCACAAGCGCUGUUCUUUCAUGAAUAUCACAAAAGAAGCCUCCGUUAUUUUCGAAAAGCUCUUAGCAUGAAUCAGAAAGACCUUGCGCUGAACCCGGCGUCUGUAUCUGUCAUUCACAGAGACAUGGCGACUGCACUCAUUCAAACUGGGAGAUAUGAAGAGGGGAUAGACCACAGAAGACUUGCCUUUAACCUAGGUGGGAAACUUACCGCGGACGAUUUCCCAAGCCCUAAUGAUUACAUUCGGCAUUUGUUGGAAGUAGCUCAGUUGGAGCAUUUGGCAAAGUGUCCAGAACAGGCAUUGGCCUUGGCGAACGCCGCUUGGCAGGUAUACCUGGAAACUGAGCAAGGAGACCCUGACUACUCCUUGUGUAUGGACUUUUUGUCGAUAUUCCUGGAGCUGAAACAGUUUCAUCAUCUCCGGUCGGUUUUUGAACUAUUCUUGCGAUUUUCCCAACAAGAACUCUCAGACCCGGACCGAUAUCAUGAAGCCGAUUCUCUGCUCGCCGAGACUAUACUUAGACGACACAAUUGGCGGUUACGAAAGCUUUACAAUGCUGUUCAUUUUGGUUUAUCGUCAGACGACACGGAUUGUCUUGAGCUAAUGGCUCSGGKAGUCGACAGCCUACCGCAACGUCAUUUUGGGUACUCUCUAUUCAAGUGGAACCUGUUCAUCGGUACUGCUUUGCUAGAAAAAGGACAGACCACCACAGGAAUACGAAUGUUGUGCAAAGCAGUGUCGUUACCCAAAUUUCAUCUCGUCCUCUGGUAUAGCGACUAUGCUCGGCAACAAGCCCUUAGCAAUUUAGCUGCAAUUUGCCUCUACCAUCCUGAAAUCUGUUUGACUGUUGAGAGUCCAUUAGAAUUGGGUGCGGACGCCAGAUUCAGCGAUAUUUGCCUGGUUCUCUCAUCCUGGCUGCGGGAAAAGGGAGACCACGAAAAUGCUCAAAAGGCUCUGCGCGGUCGCGUGAAAAAUUGUCUUGAGUUGCUAUCGGACGGUGACUCUACAAAUGAUGGCGAUGCCUGGCUAGAGCUUUUCAAGACGCUCUUGAUAGAUCUCGACAGUGAUGAAGAUCUGGGCGGCGCCUUGUAUGUGGUCAAGACCUGGCGGCGAACAAUAAGCAGCUACGGAUUUUUCGAGGCUUACAACGAGUAUGAAGACGUUGAAGAAUCAGACGAGAUUGAACUCGGGAAUGACACGGAGGACGGCCUUGCGGAGGAAGAAAUAGCUGCCCUGCCGAAAAGAAUGGAAGACGAUGUCGCAGAUGACGUUAUUUGGUUCGUUGAAACAUCCAGAUCACUUCGAGGCUCUGAUGAAUCGUACACUGCGUGCCCAAGCUGUGGUCUCCAAGUCACAUCGGUGUCGGACUGGUAUUUCUGUCGAUCCUGCCCUCAUACAGUCUUGUGUCCCUCCUGUUACGCCGAUAUCAAAAGUGACCGCGUGCAGAAUCAUCUUCUUUCCCAGCAUGUACCACAGACUUGCAAUUCUCAACAUAAUUUCUACUACACUGGCAAACCGCUUCGACUUUCUGAAUGCGAGGAGCUGGGCAAGGUCCGCUUCACAAACUCUGAUUCGGGAGAAGUGAAGACACUGUGGAUUGAAGAAUGGAAAGAUCAAUUAGCAGAGAAAUGGCGAACAAAAGACUUUGAGUUUGAAGGUGGAUUGUCGGCUUGGUGUAUGAAUUUGUUGCCAGAGCUGCAAAAGGAGAGAUGGGCCUGUCUGUUCAAGGAAUAA